AUGUGCAUCAAACAUGUCCAGUUCUUCGCCUGCCCCUCGAAAGACGGCCGUGCAAAACACCACUGCAUCAAGAGCAACAUCCUCUGCUCCGAGCACUUCCCCUGCCCGGAGCCGCAGUGGGAACGCCGCACCAGCGAGUACCGCUACAUGUGCCCGAGCUGCUCCGGCGAGCCGCCCGAGGUCCCGCGCCAGCGGCCCGCGACGGAGCACUGGGAGCGCGACAACUCGACCGACGACGACUGGGUGCAGUGCUACGUCGACGGCCUCUGCAACAGCGUGCUCGUCUGGGGCUGGGGCCGGCAGCACGGGCGCGGCAGCGGGCUCGAGGACACGGUCUCGGUGCGGCAGAUGACGCAGCUGUACCCGUCCUUCUUCCUCGAGUGGCGCUGCAAGGAGCGCGACCACCGGCCGUCGCAGUGCACGUGCGAGGCCAACGGGCCGCUCGCGUACCUGUACAACCCGGCCAUGGCGGCGAGGCGGCACUUCACCAACGAGACGGCGUCCGAGUUCGCGACGAACUCCCACGUGCAGGGCGAGCUGGCGCGGCAGUCCUUCGCCGACGUCCACCGGCGCCUGAGUCGCAUGUGCAGCCGGGGAAAGCUGUACUUCGAGGACGGCAUCGCGCGGCAGCCCUUCUUCUCGGGCGAGGGGGUGGCGAGGCGGAGGUCCACGCUGGAGCGGGUCGUCAAGAACGCGUGGCGGGCCAUGGAGGACGAGCUGACCGCGAGCGCGGAUGCGAACGGUGAGGGGUGGACGGACGCGCAUACUUUGAUGGAGGAGAGGACGCGGAGGCGGAUGAGCCUGGUCAAGUUCAUGGGGGAGAUCGCGCUGUACGACAACGGCUUCUCGAUGGCGCGGUUCUGCCUCGUGGCCGAGCGGCUCGCGAGCAUCAUCCAGACGCCGCAGUGGCGGGGGCCGUCGCACGUCAUGAGUCUCGAGAAGAUGGCCGACGUGGCGUCUGCCGUGCAAGACGGCGGUAACCAGCCGGACUCGUUGAACCCCUUCGGCGAGUUCACGAAAAAGGCAGUGGCGUACUUCACGAGCAAGCGCGAGACGUGGGCGAAGGAGAUCCGGAACUACACUUCGAAGCGGAUGCUCUUCGACAGCGCCAUUGAGCCAAUGAACGACGCGGCGCUGCAGGCGGCGGUGAAGGACGGGGUUGAGGAGGAGUGCGCCGUGUGCUACGUGAAGUUCUGGGAGACGCCCUCGCUGCGGCCGCCGACGCCGAAGCAGACGCCCACGGCGGCGAGUCCGGAGCAGAGGGACACGUUGGCGGGGCGGCAGCAGCUGCUGGUGUCGCAGGCGAGCACGGCGACGACGGGGUCGCACAUCUCGAACCAGAUCCGGCGGCUCAAGUGGGACGACGACCCGGACGUGCAGCGGCGGAUAUUCGGGGCGAACGCGGCCGGGGUGAGCAUGUUCGACCGCGGGGAGCCGCCGGUGCGGCUCAAGCAUUGCGGGCACGUCAUCGGGAGGAGCUGCCUGUUCCGGGCGUGGGUGACGGAGGCGAACGACCCGGACGAGAGGCCGUCGUGUCCUUUUUGUCGGGCGGAGCCGCCGAUGGGUGUGUAUCAGGUUGUCGAGGCGUUUCUUGGGGACGGAGGGCGUAGUUGGCGGUUCCCUACGCGUCUGCUGUCUUUGUUGAGCCGAUGA